AACUCCCCAAUCUCAACAUUCACGAACAUUUCAUACUCUAUUAUCGGACUUCGUUUCGUUCAUUAGUUUCUCAGUCGUUUGUUCUGAGAUCGACCUCGCAUCAGGUUUAGGGAAUGGCUGCUAUCUUAGCUCGGAAAUCACUCCUUGCUCUUCGUGCGCGCCAAUUGUGAAGAAAAUUUGUCUUACAUAAAUGCCUUCUGUAGAUCUGCAUACCCAUUCAAUUGAUCAACUGGGUUACUAAUCAAAAUUGCAUAGACAGAAAGAUCAGCAGACCAAAUGUUUCCACUCCCAUAUCUCUUAUAAGUGGGUUCCUCUUCUCAAUCUCAAAAUUUGAAAACCAAUUCAAUACCAGUUGGACUCUUUAAACAGUUUUAAACUAAUUUGAAAUCAGUUCAUAACCAGUUCAAAAUCAAUUCAGUUUAGAAUCGGUUCACAACCAGUUCAAAACUGAUUUUUUUAAUUCAGUUCGAUUUCAAAUUAGUUUGAAAACUAAUUUGUAGAUUUGAGUUAAAAAUCAAAUUGGUUAAAUCAGUUCGAAAACUAGUUUGGGUUCGAUUUUUUUCCUAACCGGUUUUUGCACUGCCCUUGGACAAGACUAGUGUACGUGUUUUGUACAGAGAGAGCGAGAGUCACAGGCUACAUACAGAUGUUGCUCCCGUCAUCCACAAUGCCGAAUCAAUUGGUCACAAUCUCAUGUUUUUAGGGACUAAAAUAAGUAUUUUAUUUAUUAUAUUUUUUUCAUUUGCAACUUGGGUCUCACGGGUUAGCCCACUACCGUUUACCAAUAAAAAGUUUGGGCUCAUGGGCUGGCCCAUACUCAUAAUCGCAACUCGCGAAAGUUGUUUUGUAAAGUCGUCACUUCCCACUUCGUCUCCGUUGCUGUAGUUGUGUUCUGUGUGGGUCGCUGAAGGGCCCUUCAUCAGCACAGGAUGGAUUUCCAUGGAUUCCUAAACGACUUGCAGGAUUGGGAAUUUUCUAGAAAGGAUAAAGCACGACCACAAAAGGAAAAUGUUGGCUUCAUCUUCUCGAAUUACGGGAUCUGUGGGUGUGGAGAAGGCAUCAAAAGGAGAUACCAUUUCUUUUGAUAAUGCAAGAAAUUCUCCAGGACAGUAUGAUUUAUCAAGAAUUAAUCAUUUGCAUAGUAGUUUUGUUCCUGAAGAUGUUCCUGAUGCUGCUUCCGAGAAAGACCUGGGUAACGAGUUUUUCAAGCAGAAAAAGUUUAAGGAAGCUAGAGACUGCUAUUCAAGGAGCAUUGCCUUAUCACCAACAGCUGUAGCAUAUGCAAAUAGGGCAAUGGCCAAUAUCAAGCUCAGAAGAUUCCAAGAGGCUGAGGAUGACUGCACAGAGGCCUUAAAUCUUGAUGAUCGUUACAUAAAAGCAUACUCACGAAGAGCAACAGCUAGAAAAGAACUUGGAAAAAUUAAAGAAUCAAUGGACGAUGCUGAAUUUGCCUUGAGGUUGGAACCAAACAAUCAAGAAAUCAAGAAACAGUAUGCUGAUGCUAAGUCUUUCUAUGAGAAAGAUAUUCUUCAGAAAGCAUCAGGGGUUCUGAGAAGCACUGUACAGGGAACUCAAAAAGUGGGAAAGUCAGAGGAAAAAGUUAAUGGAGACAGCAUCCACCCCAUUUCACGUAGUACUCAAAAGUCUGGACUAGCUGAAGUUCAUCAUCAUAAAAAGGAUAAUAAACGGCAAAUACUUGUUAAAGAAUCACUCUUAACAGAGGAUGUUGAUGGCAGAGAAAUAAAAGCCAGAAGCUGGCCUCAAUCACAAGGAGAUGAUGGUUCUAAGGGAGGUUUGAGUGCAAGCAACAGUUUGGAGCAGAGAAAUCACAGAAUUACCAAGCCAGAAAUGAAAGCUUCUGUUCAACAGCUUGCUUCUCGCGCUGCUUCUAGAGCCAUGUCUGAAGCUGCCAAAAACGUAACACCUCCAACUACAGCUUAUCAGUUUGAGGUCUCCUGGAGAGCAUUUUCAGGUGAUCUUGCUCUGCAGGCUCGUCUAUUAAAGGCUAUAUCUCCCCAUGAAUUGCCGAAAAUAUUCAAAAAUGCCUUGUCUUCUACCAUACUAAUUGAGAUCAUCAAGUGUCUUGCAUCUCUUUUCACUGAGGACAUGGAUCUGGUUGUCAGUUAUUUGGAGCAUUUGACCAAGGUACCAAGAUUUGAUGUGAUUGUAAUGUGCCUUUCAUCAACAAAUAAGGAUGACAUACGCAAGAUCUGGGAUGAAGUGUUCAGCGGUGAGGCAACACCAAUAGAGUAUGCAGAGAUUCUGGACAACCUUCAAUCAAAGUUCGGCCUUGGACAGUGACAUCUUCCCCUGUAUGUUUUAAUAUUUUUUUUUCCUCGGUGGAUCCUCUCCCUUCCGCAACUAUCUUCACUUGUAAAUUAUUAUGCUAUUGAAAUGUUUGAGCAUUAUUGACGGUCAACUUGAUCCAUCUUUAAGCGUUAGUUGAUAAUGAGGAAAUGGGAGGAAAAAGAAAAACAAAAGGCUCAUGUGUAGUGCUUGAGGCUGAGGGUCCAGUACGUUUUAAUGGUUUUUUCCUUCAGAAUUUGGGUCUUCUAAAAUGAGGAAAAGUAAAGGAAGUAAUUUUAGUUGAUAAUGAGAAAAUCAACAUUUUAAUACAUCUAUAAUGUAUUUGCACAUAAUAUCAACCUUUGAUUUUGUUAUCAGUCA